AUGGUUUUAGAUGACGAACGGUUUCACUGCCUAGGCUGCAGCAGAUCGUAUAAGCACGAGGCGAGCCUGAGGAAACACAUGAAGUACGAGUGCGGCAAGCCGCCUCAAUUCGCUUGCCACAUCUGUCGCAGGAAGUUCACCCAAAAGGAUGAAUUUUGCUGCCGUUCUUGUCACAAAUCCUACAAGUCCAAAAGGUCGUUAUUGAGGCACGCCAAAUACCAGUGCAAACAGGAACCAUCGUUUUACUGUACCGACUCUCCGUACUCGUGCUGCGACUGCGGCAAGUCGUACAAGUGCAGGCAGUCCUUGUGGAGGCACUCCAAAUUUCAGUGCGGCAACAGGAAACCGUCAUUCGGCUAUCUGUGGCGACACGUGUGUCAGACCUGCGGCAAGUCGUACAAAAACCGAACAAGUCUGAACAGGCACGUCAAGUACGAGUGCAUGAAGGAGCCUCAGUUCGAGUGCCCGGUAUGCCACCACAAGUCCUAUCAAAGAGCGAACCUCUUUCAACAUGUUCGCAUAAAGCACCGGAACCUCGACACCUCGUUGUACCCGGAGUUUACCCGGAAACACUCCUGA